GAAGCCAUCAAGUGGCCGGAGCUAAAUGCACACGGUGAUGACGUCCACGCUUUGCCCACGAAUUCGACUGGUCGUGCCGGUUUUGGUGCGGAAAACGACUCGGACUUUAACCUUGCACGGGCACCGAGUCCGAGUGUAGGAGGGGGAGGCUAUGCUCACUCUGUUGCCGCCUCUUCGGCUCCCGAUGUUUACCACCAGGAUCCAUAUGCCGUCCCUCCGCUUCCUCAUCUUAACCCGAACCAGCCACAGCCCUACCGUGAUGAUCCAGCCAUGUACGGCCAGCCCGGCUUCUAUGACCCCUACCGUGGCCCAGUGCCAAAUACCUUCGGUGAUGGCAUGUCAGACGGCCACGGCCACGGCAUGGAGGCCAUUCCCAUGACGCAGAUGGCAAGGACACGCAGUCCCGGGCCGCAAAUGAUGUAUGAUAUGCAGGGCCGCGCAUCCCCAGCACCGCAGGCGGGCAUGGCAAUGGGCGUUCCUGCAGCAUACGCCAUGGGCAGGGCAUCACCCGCUCCGCCGCAGUCACCGUACGCAUACGGACCGAGAUAG